CUCUCACGUCAUUUAAGAGAAUUUUAUCCUACAAUCACUUCACAAACAGUAAAAGCCUAUUGCAGUAAAAUCAACCAAUCGAUGCUGUCAAGAUGGUCUGAGCCAUCGUCUCAUAGUCUAAUAGCUGCUUUUUUGGAUCCAAGAUUCAAACAAAUGAAUUUUGUAAUGGCCAGUAAAAAAAGAGAAACCAUUUCUCACCUUUAUUCUUUAUUUGAUACACAAGAACGAUCUACUUUUAUUCAAGAAUCCCAACCUUUAAAUACUAAUUCCUCUUCUUUUUUUUCUUCUUUUUACGAUGAUGAUUACAUUAUUCCAAACGAAACUGAAAAUGUAUCAUUAAUUGAAAAAUAA